AUGGAGCGGUUACGGUGGCAGGUGGCGGCCGUGGCGACCUUGGGUCUCGCGCUGGCCCUGGAGGCGCUGCCCUCCGUGCUGCACUGGCUGCGGGCCGGGCGCCGGCAACAGCGGCGGAGGCCGCCGCGGCGCGAGGUGCUCUUCUUCCCGUCGCAGGUGACCUGCACCGAGGCCCUGCUGCAGGCCCCGGGUGAGGGGCCGUCGGGGCCCCCAGCGGGCUGCCUGUGCAGCCUCCCCCACGGCGAGAGCUCGCUCAGCCGCCUGCUGCGCGCCCUGUUGGCCGCCCGCGCCAGCCUCGAGCUCUGCCUCUUUGCCUUCUCCAGCCCGCAGCUGGGCCGUGCGGUGCAGCUACUGCACCAGCGCGGGGUGCGCGUCCGGGUCAUCACCGACUGCGACUACAUGGCUCUCAACGGCUCGCAGAUCGGCCUGCUCCGAAAGGCAGGCAUCCAGGUGCGGCACGACCAGGACCUCGGCUACAUGCAUCACAAGUUUGCCAUCGUGGACAAGAAGGUGCUGAUCACCGGCUCCCUCAACUGGACCACCCAGGCCAUUCAGAACAACAGAGAAAACGUUUUGAUUAUGGAGGAUGAGGAGUACGUGAGGCUUUUUCUGGAAGAAUUCGAGCGUAUUUGGGAAGAGUUCAAUCCUACGAAGUACACCUUUUUCCCACAGAAGAAGCAGAGUCACUGAAGGGUGCUCGCUCCUCCAUCUGCGGAGCGGGAGGGAGAGUGGUGUCCAGUAUCACGACUUUUGGUACCCGGAGUCGUAAGCAGACCCAAAGCUACAAAGAGCGGGGCUCAGACCGGCCUGGGCCGCGUGCACCGCCACAGAAACCUUAGAAAACGGCCGCGCGCACUCGGUUCUCGCUCGGCUCGGCACUAAAGCGAACUUCCCUGCAGCACCGAGCCGCUGUUUCGGGCCAGCUUGUUUCCCGCCGCAGGCCCCGCCGGGCAUGCAAGCUGAGCCCCCCAGCCUGAUUCUAGAAGAGCCUCUUGCUUUGGCCGACUCCCAUCAGCGCCCGACCCUGUCCCCAGCAGGGGCUCCCAAACGCCUGCCGCUUCUCCCCCUGGCCUGGCCGCUGCCAUGAGCCCCCCUGUCCCCUCGUGUCCGUCUGCUCUGACCAGCUCCUCGGGGGCUGACUGGCGGUUUGAGUCUGAAAGGGCAGGAGGAGAAGAGGGGUGCCGGGCAUGGCGGGAGCGGGGAGCUGCCUUCCAGGCCCCCUCGUGAGCAUCACUGGCCCCCCCCGAAGCGGGCAGGUGAUGCUCUGACCCGGGUCCCCUUGCAUGACGACCCUUUACGACAAAUAACGCGUGAAGAUGUUCAUCCUCCGCCGCUUCAAGUGCAAGGUCUGUCCGCAAGGACUGUAAGCGGCCAGAAGCUGCCUCUGUUUCCCUCCGUUAUGCCUUUCGUUGUCAACAUUCUCACAUUCAAGAUGAUUUUGGGCGCUUAGAAGUGACCUUCCCUGCACUACCCAUGAACUUGGCUCAUUGGCAGUUUUGGCUCAGCGUAGUCCGUCAUGAGUUACCCGACCAUCUGGGGAGGAAACCGGGAGGGCGGCCGGUUUCGGGCUGUGGCACCUCACGGAUCUCUUCCUACGGUCAGCUCUGGGAUUUGCUUUCACCGGUAAUGAACCAUCUGCUGUACGGUUGUGAAGUGGUUACAGACUGGUUUUUCAUAACACGUAUCUUUAUAUGUCGAUAGCUCAAAUGACCUCUGAACGACGGUUCUGCCAUCGUGUCAUGUUUGUGUGUCAUAUGCCGUGUGACUUGUCCUGACGUCCCUCACGCCCACGGAGCCGCCCGCAGAGGGCCUCCGGUGCUGCAUGUUUUUCCCGUUUAAAGUUACCUUCGACUUACUGUGUUAGGCAAGUAAACCUCAAGUUAAUUUUUCUGAUUUAAUUGAAGCUAUAAAGUAUAACAUAUAGAUUGGAAAUAAGAAAUGCUUUUGCACUAAACGUGUUUUCUCACCUGUGUGUUCCAACAGUGUGUGCUCUGAAGGGCAGCAUGACAAGUGGUAGAAUGUGUCCCGAAUGAUGAGGCCGGGUGGUCCUGGA